CACGUGAUUUCUUCUGAAAGUUGUUAUGACGGAAAAGACAACUAGAAACUGGAGUUUAAUUUAGUAAUACAAACUAAGAGAAACGCAGUGAAAAUGGCGUUGGAAAUGUUCAGGAAAGAAGAGACUCUUGCAAUGAGAAAGAAACUGAUUGGUCUUGCAGACUCUUCUAUUCAGACGAUCCCGUGAAGAUAGUCAGAGCCAGAGGACAGUAUUUGUAUGACGAAAAUGGCAAGCGGUACUUGGACUGUAUCAGCAACGUUCAGCACGGCUUUGUUCAACAAACCAUGGCGGAGUUAGUGCCUACAAAAAGAUGCCAUUACUGUUGCUCUCUAUUGGUGACAUUAUUUUAAUGCAUCUGAUUUGUGGGUCACUGUCAUCCCAGCAUCACACAAGCAGCCACGACGCAGAUGGAGCUUCUGAAUGCCAAUUCACGCUUCCUUCACGACAAUAUAGUUCAGUAUGCCGGCCGCCUCGCUGCCACUCUGCCCGACAAGCUGCGUGUCUUCUAUUUUGUCAACUCAGGCUCAGAAGCCAAUGAUCUGGCACUACGCUUGGCCCACCAGUACACCCAACAUGAAGACGUCAUUGUGCUUGACCAUGCAUAUCAUGGGCACCUGACUUCGCUCAUUGAUAUCAGUCCAUACAAGUUCCAGAAGCUGACAGGACAGAAAGAGUGGGUUCACGUGGCACCCAUACCAGACACCUAUAGAGGUAUAUUCAGAGAGGACCAUCCCAACCCAGCCCAGGCAUAUGCAGAUACUGUGAAGGAUGUGAUAGACAAGGUGCACCAAAAAGGUCGCAAGGUUUCUGCAUUUUUUUCUGAGUCAUUGCCCAGUGUUGGAGGCCAAAUCCUCUUGCCCAAGGGAUACUCAACUAAAGUAGCAGAAUACGUGCGCUCUGCAGGGGGAGUGUUUGUGGCAGACGAGGUGCAAACAGGUUUUGGGCGUGUGGGCAGCCAUUUCUGGGCCUUCCAGCUGCAGGGUGAUGAUUUUAGCCCUGACAUAGUGACUAUGGGCAAGCCGAUGGGCAACGGACAUCCCCUGUCAUGUGUAGCAACCACAGCGGAGAUCGCUGGGGCCUUCACAGCCAACGGAGUGGAGUACUUUAAUACAUUUGGCGGUAACCCAGUGUCGUGUGCCAUCGGCCUGGCUGUCCUGGACGUGAUUGAGAAGGAGGACCUGAGGGGGAACUCCUCAAGAGUAGGAGGACACCUAUUGGACCGGCUGAGAGAGCUACAGACCAAACAUCCAAUCAUUGGAGACGUCCGUGGAGUGGGGCUGUUUGUGGGCUUGGAGAUGGUCACCGACAAAGAACAGAGGACCCCAGCUACAGACGCAGCAGCGCAAGUUGUCAGAAGACUGAAAGAGGAGUAUAUCUGUGUCAGUACAGAUGGCCCCUGGGAGAACAUUGUCAAGUUUAAACCUCCCAUGUGCUUCAGUAUGGAGGAUGCAGACUUGGUGGCAGACAGGAUACACCACAUUCUCACAGACAUGGAACGCAGUCAUCAAAAACUGGACAGUGGAGAUUUAAGACGAACUGGAGUCAUCUUGGAGGAAGACAAGGGAAGGAAUGCAGAAGUAUUCAACACAACUAAUCUCACAGAUCCAUACCACAAUUAAGGAUACAUUUUUUUUUUUUUUAAUCAUUAAGAUUACACUACUAGAUCUAACAACACAAGAAUGGUUUGUGACAAUUCAUGAAGUGGAAUUAGUGACUGCUUUUGAUUCUGCAUGAGGGACAUAAGAGAAGCAGUGACAUAUGCAACAGAA